CACGUGGCAAAGAAGUGGGGAAAACUUCUUUUCUUGAAGCGAGCCAAGUCCUACCGAAAGAUUUUGGGCGUUUAAAACUUGCCGCCAAAGUCUCUGCCCGCCAAAUAAAUUAUGAUUUUCUGAGUCAGAAAAACUGGCGCCAAGAUUUCGAAGGAUCAGAAAAUGGGGAUGCGAAUGAGGGAGCACCGCUGCACCAGUAGAAGCAAAUAAGGAAAAGCCUCUCUCCCUUCUUCCCUCUUUCUUUCUCCUUUCGCCACCCCCCGAUGGGCGACGGGGAUGGCGGAAUAUCAGAUCUGGAUGACAGUGCCCUCGAUCUGCCUUCCGAGCCGCGCGGAAGAAAUUUAUCCGUUUUUUCUCCCGUCGAUUCCCAGGUAUACCUUCUGCUGCUCCCAGUCAAUCACGUUUCCUUAUAGGGAAAAUCCGGUACAAGGUUCAUGUUUCUUGCUCGUUCUUGCUUUCUUUAUUUUUCCGAUAGAGCAGAGCCCGCUGGUAUCAGGAGCUGGUUUUCCAGCGGCGAGUGCGAUGCGUUAUUCGGGGACUCGAUUUUGCAAGAGGAUGUUCAAGGAGAAGAAGACUACCUUGCAAAUUAUUUUGAACACCCUAAUGAUCAAUGUAAAAGAGGUGGGGAUUUUCUUUUGUCUGGAAGUGGUUUCAAGGAGAACAAUAAAUGUGCGGUGUUUUCAAAUGUUGAUUCUGAUGACGAUGGGGGAGCAAAGGAGACUAAUGGCUGUGCCCAUAAUCAUCUUCACGACGAUCAGGCUACCCAACUUGAAGCAGCUGAAAUGCCUUUCUCUCUUGAGAAUGUGCUUUUAAGAGCCAAAUGUGAAGAUCUCCAAAGUAGGCGUCAAAGGUUCAGUCUUAUUCAUCCAAAAGACAUAGUAGAAGGAGGUACAAGCUCUACCGAGGAGGUUUAUACAGUUCCCGCAAUAAAGGAGGAAAAUCCCAGAAAGAAGGAAGGAUGCGAUUUAAAGAAUGUGCUUUCAAGUUGUAAACGUGAAAAUGAUCAGAAGAUGGUCACUAGACCUCUAACAGGAGCUUUUUUCUCGCCAAAGAACAGGGAAAAUAAUUUUGCCAUGGAAAUAAUUAACUCGGUGGCUGAAAAGAGAAACUGUGCAGCUUCAGCUGCAAGUAACAGCAGAACAGAGGAGAACAAAGGCUACGAUUCAACGAGCAGACAAGAGGGUUACUCAACGCUAAGCACAGCUCGUAUGGCUGCUAGCAGAAGGCCUUUUUCAGAAACAAGCAACUUUGUUCAAUUGCAGAAUCUAGAUGGAAAAGUUGGAAAAUGGCAGUGUCCUCGAAAGCGCAAGGCUGACUUUGGACCACCAAUGAAACAGCUCCGCCUUGAACGAUGGGUUCGUCGGUCUGAAACAAAACGCUUUCAGCAUAUUCGUUAAUACGUAUUUGGCUUGUUCUUGAUUUUAGUCAAGCUUGUUCAUGGUUGCUACUGUUUUUCCUAGCUGCAUAUCAGAUACUAGCUGAUGAUACAUGACCACAGUCCUGUUUGUUGUACUUCUGACGUCCUGAUGUAUCUUAAUUAGUUUAAGAGUAUCCUUCUGAAUUCCCGUCUUCU